UCAAAACUUCCGACAGUCGCUUGCUCGGUCUGUAGAAACGCGAAAUGGCUGCUUCCUUAAAAGAAAUCGUGCUCAUGUAUCAGAGUCUAAAACGUGAAUGGGACAAAAAACCUCCCAAUCUUGAACGUUGUGGCGAUAUUUUGUUAAAACUAAAGCUUGCCCUUACUGGAGUCACAUUUCUACCUACUGAUGAGAGCAACCCAUCAAAACAAGAGCUUCUGAUAGCAAGAGAUAUUCUUGAAAUUGGAGCACAAUGGGCUAUUGCCAUGCGAGACAUACCAUCAUUUGAGCGCUAUAUGGCUCAGCUCAAAUGUUACUAUAUGGAUUACAAGGACAACUUACCAGAGUCUACAUUCAAAUAUCAGCUUCUGGGAUUGAACCUACUGUGCCUUCUCUCGCAGAAUCGCUUGGCCGAGUUCCACACUGAGCUAGAAUUGCUGCCUGCUAAGGAGCUACAAACAAAUGUUUACAUCAAGCAUCCCGUGUCUAUGGAGCAAUACCUUAUGGAGGGUAGCUACAACAAGGUUUUCUUGGCACGCGGCAAUGUCCCUGCUGACAACUACAACUUUUUCAUCGAUAUUCUUCUAAACACAAUCAGGGAUGAGAUUGCAGGGUGCAUUGAAAAAGCAUACCCAAAGAUUGCUAUGAGUGAAGCAGCCAGGAUGUUAUUCUUCGAUACACAGAAACCCAUGACAGAAUAUGCUCAAAAGCGAGGCUGGACCAGUGGGAGUGAUGGAUUCUUUUAUUUUCAAAUGGAGCCUAAGACUACAGAUGAAGUUAUUCCUGCCAAGAUGCUAGCAGAGCGGACAAUAGAAUAUGCACGGGAAUUAGAAAUGAUAGUGUAGGGCGUUUGCUGAACUAAAGCAGUUUCUGCAAAACAGUGGUCUGUUCAUAAACACCUUCAGUCAUCUCAGUUGUGCAGUUUCCUUAAGACUAAGAGGACAUCUCAGUAAUGUCCUUUACAGAUUGUUCCUGCAAUGAAAUAGCACUUUGCAGUUUUACUUAGUCCAUUGAGCAGAUUUGAUAAAUCAUUAAAAUAACAAUAUGGAAAAAUAUGUGUAGACAUGUGUGCAUUGAUGUGUAAGGUUGUAGUUAAUGUGUAUGAAGAGAAUGUGUGGUCUGAUAAUUAUUAAUAUGCAGAGAUUGGUCAUGAUCAGUUACACUAGGCUCUUGUAUGUAUGCUUCCAUGCUGCAUGUAUAGAUGUUGGGGUGGGCUGGUGUUUGCAUGUGUGCUUGAUUUUUAAAAAAGCACAAGAUAAACAGUCUGCAUCUAUUUUGUAUGAAUGAAUGUUUUUAACUAAAAAAAAAAUUCGUGACUUUUGUUGGGAUAGUCAUUUUGUUGUUCAGCUGUAGAAAAAUACAGUAAGUUGUAGUUCUUUGUAGAGGAUGGUCAUAAAAAUAAUUUUGUUUCAUUUUUUGCUUCAUUUGAAAAAAACCCCAUUAAAAUAAGAGGGCGUGGUGUUAGUUUUAUGCCAUGUAAAACACUGCAAACAUAGCAAAAACAUUGUGAAAGACCUGUUUAGUCUCCAGAGAAGUGUGUAUUUUAGCUUGUUUCUUCUGCAUUGCCGACAGGCAUGUUACACAGAUGCUUUUUCCAUUAGAGGAAUUCGACCAGAAGGAGUAAUCAUGUGCACUGCUAAGUACCAGGUGUGACUGUGAAUUGCUUCUGGAAUAAAGACACUUUUGUAAGUGCAGAUGAAGCAAG